CGGAGGAAGAGAUACGCGAGGCCGCUGAUAGACAAACACAUGGAGAUCUACAAGCGCGAAGGCAUGCAACCAUGGAGCAAAGCCAAGCUCCCAGUUCUUAGCGAUGUUCCAGAGGGAGCAGUGAUCAUCCGCGAGCACACUCCACUCACGAACUUGUCUGCUGCCUGUGGUUCAACGAGGUGAAUCGAUUCACGCCGCGCGACCAGCUGAGCUUCGGCUACGUUGUCCACCGAUUGAACGGCUCCUUCCCCUUGUUCAUGUUCCCAAACUGCGAGUACAACGCGCUCUUCGUCCUCCACAAGCACACGCGCGAGCACUCGUCCAAGGUGGAAUGGGUGAAGACGCUGGACGAGCUCAAGGACGAGAGCAUCGCGUUCGAGACGAGGGCCGGGCUGGGCUUGCUCGGGGAUCGUUGACCGCCCGUUGGCCGACCGUUAAUCGCAGCCGGAAUCCAACGGCUGCGAUAACCAUAUAAAAACGUCUAGGGGGGGAUUUCUAGGGUUCUAACACAAAAUGGAAGAGGAGGUCGAUGACGCUAUGUACGAGCGUAACAGGAGAGAGAGAGUGAUGAGAGAUCCAUUCUUUCUGUCAGAGCUAGAUCUCAUAGUACAAGAGCCUAGAUCACGCGUGCUGGAUGAAGCGAGGCUAGCGCUAGAAAAUGUGCCUAGGCCUAGGUAUAAUGCGUACGCAUACGCAAACGCGGUGCAUCACACGAGUUCUUCGGAUGGCAGCAGCACACCAGUGCUCAAUCUUUCCGUAAUAUCGAGUCCAAACGCUUCCGGUGAGGUUUCGAGCAGCUCUGGGGCCAGCGAGAUCGAGGAUUCAACCGAUUCAGAAGAUUCUAGUGAAGACUCUAGCAAUUCCGGUACUGUACUAUCGACUCAGGGCAGCGAUCCGGGCUCAUCCAGUGCCACGCCUUGGAUUUCAGGGUAUCCGCCGAUGGUCGCGAGCUCAAGCGGCGAAAAUCCGGACUCCUCCAGCGUAAUCUCAGGUCUACUCUCUCGCAGGGAGGAGCCGAUGGCGAUAUCGAUUCCAAGGUCUUCCCGGGAGGGUCCUAGCAGCUCCGGCGCCGUAGGUCUAGGCUCGUCAUCGAGCGCCAAAAUAUCGUCUCCAGGCGAUCCGAGCUCGUCCAGUGCCACGGCAAGCGCUGUUCUUCCAGGUCCGCGCUCAUCGAGCACCGCCUCGAUUCCAGAGGAUCCGAGCUCAUCCAGCGCCGUAAUAUCGUCUCCAGGGAAGGACCCGAGCUCGUCCGCCGCAGCAAGCUUUCAUCUUCCAGGUCCGAGCUCAUCGAGCGGGGCAGCCUCGAUUCCAGAGGAUCCGAGCUCAUCCAGCGCCAUAAUAUCGUCUCUAGGCAUGGAUCCGAGCUCGUCCGUUGCCACAGCACCAGGUCCGAGCUCAUCGAGCGCCGCAACCGCGAUUCCGAAGGAUCCAGGCUCAUCCAGCGCGUCUCCAGGCAAGGAUCCGAGCUCGUCCAUUGCCGCAAGCUAUGGUCUUCCGGGUCCGAGCUCAUCGAACGCCGCAGCCUCGUUUCCAAAGGAUCCAAGCCCAUCCAACGCUAUAAUAUCGUCUCCAGGCAAGGAUCCGAGCUCGUCCAUUGCCGCAGCAAUUCCUGGUCCAAGUUCAUCCAGCGGCAAUCUUCCAGGGAGCGCCUCGACUCCAAGCUCAUCCAACGCCAUAAUAAAUCUUCCAGGUCUGAGCGCCGCAACCUCGCCUCCAGGUCUGAGCUUAUCCAGGGCCGCAACCUCCGAUCCAAGUUCAUCUAGCUCCUCUCCAGGUCCGAGCUCCUCUCCCACAGCAAGCUUUGGUCUUCCCUCAUGGAGCGCUACGUCGACUCCAAAGGCGAGUUCAUCAUCAAGCGGCUGGGAUAUCGAGCGGAGCUCCUCCAGCGCGAUUCCAAGCUCCUCCGGCACGGCUACUCCAAGUAGCAUCAUCCCGGGUGGAUUCGGCCAUGGUCCGUCACGCCCUGGCCCGAUCGCGAACGGCGGCAAAGGCAAGUGGAUACUGAUCGCCAGCAAAUCAUCCACCGGCGUUUCCAGGAUCACCACCCGCGUCGCCACCACCCCAUCAGUGCCAGAAGUGCUGUACGUGCUCGAGCGGCUGUACCAUCCUCUAGACAUCUUUCGUUCUUUCUGUUUUCCCGGUAUGUUCUUCGUCCUCGUUCCCUCGAUUGGUCGUUCGCAAGCCCUACCAUCAAUUGAUUGCUGCCCAUGGCACGGCUAUACGCGACGACCAGCCCGUUUCAGCGACCUUUUUCCUCUUUACCAUGGUAUUCGUUUGCUAUGGUAGCUGGACGGCUUAUUUUUCAGCUCCAGUUUUUACAGUUUUUCGUUACCAAUCACUCAAUCAACCUCCUACAAACAAACCAAGAGAACUACUGUUCCAGGGAGAGCUUUCUACCAUCAGCUCCCAAUCCCAUCUCAGGAUUGUUCAUCCGAGGCCUACAGUCCACGUCCUGGUGCUCGCUCCUCUAGAUCUUUUGUUCUCUUUCUUUCGUCGCCUUCUUCGUCCUCGCUCUCUCGUUCCGUCGAUUGGUCGUUCGCAAGCUCUUCUAUCGAUUGAUCGCUGCCCAUGGCUAUAAACGCGACGACCACCCCGCUCUUUGAUCUUGGCCAUCAUUUUCGUUUCUAUUUGUGUUUUUUUCCGUUUUCGAGAGUACGUUACUAAAGAGCAGCUUUUUUCCAUCUCAUGGUAGCUGGGAUGGACCUUCGUCUUCAGCUCCAGAUUAGUCAAGUGCUCGGGCCCUCAACGAACCUAAGGAGAGAACUAUUGUUCCUGCGAAGGCAAAUCGUUCACUCGACCUGCCUCAUGAUCGAGAGUACUGUUCCAGCGAAAGCAAAUCGUUUGUAAGUAGCCAUUUACAAAUUCGUUUCAAACGUUUACAAGGCAGGCCAGUAGCGUGACAAUCUCCUCAAACUUGACUGCUCAGUCGUCCAAGUAAUAGUAAGACCCGGUAGCCUUUUGCUCACGA